AUGGCCAACUUCCUCGCCUCCAUCUUCGGCACCGAGCAGGACAAGGUCAACUGCUCCUUCUAUUACAAGAUCGGCGCGUGCCGGCACGGCGACCGCUGCUCGCGCAAGCACGUCAAGCCCUCGUACUCGCAGACCAUCCUGAUGCCCAACCUGUACCAGAACCCGGCGUUCGACCCCAAGAACCGCAUGAACGCGUCCCAGCUGCAGAACCACUUCGACGCCUUCUACGAGGACAUCUGGUGCGAGAUGUGCAAGUACGGCGAGCUCGAGGAGCUCGUCGUCUGCGACAACAACAACGACCACCUCAUCGGCAACGUCUACGCGCGCUUCAAGUACGAGGACAGCGCCCAGAAGGCCUGCGACGACCUCAACAGCCGCUGGUACGCCGCGCGCCCCAUCUACUGCGAGCUCAGCCCCGUCACCGACUUCCGGGAGGCCUGCUGUCGCCUCAACAGCGGGGAGGGCUGUGUCAGAGGAGGCUUCUGUAAUUUCAUACAUCGCAAGAAUCCGGGCGAGGAGCUCGAUAGGGAGCUCACGCUGAGCACCAAGAAGUGGCUCAAGGCCAGAGGCCGCGAUGAGCGCAGUCCCUCACGGUCGCCCAGCCCUGAGCCGACCAGACGGAGAUAUUAA